AUGUUCUCGCAACGAACAUUUAUAUUUUUCCUAUUUCUGAUUGUUGAUCCAGCCGGAAUUCGAAGUGUCUUUUCUCAACAUGCUGAUGAAAUCGAAUUGAAGAAAAAGGAGAAAACACCAAAAGCUCCAAAAACACAUAAAAAUGGAACUCGCAAAUUCGAUUGGAAUCCACUUCAUUUGUUGUGUUAUCCAUGCAAAUUUUUGGUUUAUUUAUUAGGUGGAUUAUUGGGUGGAUUGUUGGGACCAAAUUUGAUCAAACAAUUGGGAAUUUUCGGAUGCUCAUAUGUCUUGAGUUUGCCGUUGAGAUUCCCAUUUGUUCCCAAUUUGAUUUGUGUUGCAGUUUUUGAUGUGAGUUAGGGUAAACUUGAGAGAAGGGCGGAAUCUCUUAGGAUUACUGUAGAUGUUCUAUUGAAAUGCUCAUAACUUCGUUACUAUAUCUCUGCUUCUCAACAUAACUAGGAGAGGUUACUGUAGACUUUAUAAAAAUGAAUACCUGGGAAAUCUAACUAAAGAGUUAAUCUAUGAGUUUUCAGAUUAUUCAAAAAUUUCUGAAAAUGAAUUCUCUACAUUUUCGUAGAUAACUUUUUCUAGAAUUGUUUUUUAGGAAAAAAAAGUACCAGAGUGAAAUUUUCUGAAUUUUCAUUUUUCAAAAUGAACAGAAAAAUCUUUAAAUUUGUGAACCAAAAUAAAAUAUACAGUAACCCAGAUUUAAACUUUUUGCGGAAAAUUAUUGAAAAAAUUCAGACAAUUGGAAUAAUUGCCAAGAAAAAAGCAAAGGGAAAUGGUCUUUGUCAAGUUCUUUUCCUCUGCCCCAAAAAUAAAGCACCAACUCAUCUCGUCUCGGAAUUUGCUAAACUUGAUCACGAAGAUCGAAUGAUUGCGAUUCUCGAAUCUGAAGACACUGCAAAUCUAUCGAAAGAAAUGGAGAAUUUCAAUGAUUAUUUAUUCGACAAUGUUGCACCAAAAGGAAUCAGUGGAACACAGUGUAAGACUUAUAUUUUCAGAAAAAAACUAACUAAUUCAAAGUUCUAAAAGUGUUAUCAUACAAAAAAAGGUUUUCAGAUGAGAUUGGACUCAGACACGCAAUUCGAAACUUCGUCGCCGCUGUUUCUUAUCAAAUCGACUAUCUUCAACAACAACAAAUCAACAAACAAUAA